AUGAAGAGUGGAAAGGGCAGAGAUUCUUCUUAUGGCGUUGAUGAUGAUGUUGAAAUAUUUAUUUACUAUGAUUAUUGUUAUGAGAUUAUUUCUCUCUCAUUUUCUUUCUUUCUUUCGUUUUUGCAACUUUUGUCAUCUUUUUUUUUUCUUUAUUUCUUUCUUUUUUCUUUCUUUCUUUUUUCUUUCUUUCUUUUUUCUUUCUUUUUCUUUUUCUUUCUUUCUUCUUUCUUUCUUUUUCUUUCUUUCUUUCUUUUUUCUUUUUCCUUGCAAUUUUUCUUUACUUUUUCUUUCUUUCUUGACAAUAUUCAUUUUUUUCUUCUCCCACCAGAUUAUUUCUCUUUCCUUUUAUUUUUCUUUCGUUCUUUCUUUCUUGCAGAUUCUUUCUCUCUUUUUUUCUUUCUUCCUUGCAAGUUUUUUCAUCUUUCUUUGUUUCUUUUUCUUUUUUUUCCUUUCUUUUCUGCAAGUUUUUUCCAUCCUUCUCUCUUUAUCUUUUUUUGUUUCUCUUUUUUCUUACAAAUUUGUCCUUUUUCUCUCUUACCUGAUUCUUUCUUUCUCUUUCUCUUUUCUUUCUCUUUUCUUUCUCUUUCUCUUUUCUUUCUCUUUUCUUUCUCUUUCUCUUUUCUUUCUCUUUUCUUUCUCUUUCUCUUUUCUUUCUCUUUCUCUUUUUCUUUUUUCUUUUCUUUCUCUUUCUCUUUUCUUUCUCUUUCUCUUUUCUUUCUUUUUCUCUUUUCUUUCUUUUUCUCUUUUCUUUUCUUUCUUUUUCUCUUUCUUUUCUCUUUUCUUUCUCUUUUCUUUCUCUUUCUUUCUUUUCUCUUUUUUUUCUCUUUUUUCUUUUCUUUCUCUUUUUUUUUUUCUUUCUUUCUUUCUCUUUCUUUUUCUUUCUUUUUCUUUCUCUUUCUUUUUUCUUUUUUUGAUUUCUCUUUUUCUCUUUUUUUUUUUCUUUUUUUUUUCUUUUUUCUUUUUCUUUCUUUUUUUUUCUUACAACCUUUUACUUUUUUUUUCUCCUGCAAGUUUACAUCUGCUUCUUUCUUUCUUUAUUCUGAUUCUUUCUUUCUUUCUUUCUUUCUUUCUUUCUUUAUUGUGUUUAUUUACUUUAUUGUGAUUUUUUCACUCUUUCUUUCUUUUUUCUUUCUAUCUUUCUUUUUUAUUAUGCUUCUUAUUUCGGUAGCUUUUUCUUUUUUUCUUUCUUUCUUGUGCCUUUUCUUUUUUCUUUCUUUUUUCUUUCUUUCUUGUGCCUUUUCUUUUUUUCUUUCUUUCUUGUGCCUUUUCUUUUUUUCUUUCUUUCUUGUGCCUUUUCUUUUUUUCUUUCUUUCUUGUGCCUUUUCUUUUUUUCUUUCUUUCUUGUGCCUUUUCUUUUUUUCUUUCUUUCUAUCUAUCUAUCUAUCUAUCUAUCUAUCUAUCUAUCUAUCUAUCUAUCUUCUUUCUUUUUUUCUUGUGCCUUUUCUUUUUUUUCUUUAUUGUGCGUAUUUAUUAUGUAUCUUUCUUUCUUUCUUUUUUAUCAUGCUUCUUACUUUCUUGAUUUGUUACUUUCUUUUAUUAUGCUUUCUUUCUUUCUUUCUUUCUUGUGCUUUUUCUUUUUUUUUUUUUUUUUUUUCUUAG